AUGGCUGAAUCUGCAUUGACGACGCUUGCUUCCGUGGUCAUCUUGGGUGCCGUUGGAUAUGGCUACACAAGGUAUUACAAGCAUAUGGUGCUACAGAAGAUGGAGAACGCGUUCAAACCUGGCGAUCCGAUUUUGGAUCUAGCAGCUACCGCCAAACAAGGCUCCGCGACUGGUGGUACUAUCCUGGUCGACGAAGACAAGAAUAGAGAGCAUUGGGUCCUGCGUGAGGAGCAAGCGCUGAUCGAUGCGAUCAUUUCUGGGAAGUCACGUGGCCAGUACCACCUGUUGGUCGGCGAGAAGGGGACCGGAAAGUCGAGCAUGCUUAUUGAUGCCAUGGCUAAAGUGGAUGGCGAGGGCUGCGCGAUGUUUGACGCACAUGCGAAUCCCGAGAUCUUCCGCAUACGACUGGGUAAAGCUUUGGAUUUCGAGUUCCACGAGGACAAUAUUGGUUCGCUCUUUUCGAUCCGAGGACCGCGAGAUGCUGGAGCUAUUUUGGAUGUUGAGCGGGCGUUGAAUAAGCUCGAAAAGAUUGCCUUGAAGCGUCGCGAGCAGCUUGGACGACCUGUCAUUCUCAUCCUCAACUCGAUGCAUCUCCUCAGAGACGAUGAAGCCGGGAAAGAUCUCCUGGAGCUCAUCCAACAGCGAGCGGAAAUGUGGGCGGCCAGUAAUCUGGCGACGAUUGUGUUCAACUCCGACGAUUACUGGAUAUACGAACGACUCAAGCAAUACGCCACAAGAAUGAACGUGAUCCGAAUCUUGGAUCUUAACAAGUCAAAGUCGAUCGCGGCGCUCCAAAACUAUCGCUUGAAGUAUAAGAACGACUCGCCGUCGAUGGAAAUUCUGGAACAGGUCUAUGACAAAGUUGGAGGCCGCAUGUCAUACUUGAAUAAGGUCGCCAAGUCGAAUGACAUGCUUCGCACUGCAGACGAUAUCUGCCGAUCAGAAAAGACUUGGUUCCUCAAUCAAUGUUGGAUUCUCGGCGAAGAAAUGGACGAUGAUGUGAUGGACCAGCAGAAGUACGCGAGUGCUGCCAUGGUAUUGGCCAAGGCAUUGGUCGACUUGGAGAAGGAGAUGGACAAGACCUAUGAUUCGGACCAUGGCCAUAUUCUUCCUGAGAUACCACUUCACAAAGCACGGCAAAUUAUGACGCGAGCCGACUUUAUUCAGAGCUACGAUGCGAUCAACCUCUUUGCGAUCGACAGCAAUGCUAAAGUAAGAGCAGACUCAGUCCCGAUGAUGAACGCCUUCCGUGAGAUCUGUGCCGAAGAGGGCUUCGACGAGUACCUGGAAGCCACGCUCGACCGAAUCAGCGCUAUCGAGUCACUCGGCCGUACAAGAGAGCUGACGAUCAAAGAUCUAUGGCAUGGCGGCAAGUAUCGGGUGAAGACCGAGGGUUGGAAAGGCCAAGCGACAGGUGGACUCACAUUUGAAGUUGAAAAGCCGCCGGAAGAGGAGGAUAAAGACGAUGCUUGA